UUAUCGUGUCAUCAUAAGUAGUUGUAAACACCGCAUCUUUUUUGAACUGUUGAUCAGUGCUUCUACUUGUUAGUUUGUUUAUGGAUUUUCGAUAGAAUAAGUGAAAACUUUGAGUGACUUAUGUGGUACAUACCAAGUUUAAUUUGUUUCUAAAUACUGAUAUCGUAACUGUUCUCUCUUAGGAAAUGUCUACUAUUUUCUAUUUCUCUUGUUAGUUCAUACAUUUGAUAGCUGGCCUGUAUGAGGUUUUUGAUAUAGAAAUUGUAUCGUUUGUUUAUAUAUCGCUUAAGCCUAGCUAUUUAGUGAAGAAAGAAAGAAUUUUAUUAUAGUUUGAAAAAUGAAAAUAGCUAUAGAAGGAUGUGCUCAUGGGGAGCUUGAAAAAAUAUAUGAAUCCAUUGAAUUACUGGAACUUAAGGGAAAUAUAAAAAUUGACUUGUUGAUUUGUUGUGGAGAUUUUCAAGCAACUAGAAAUGAAGAAGAUUUGCAGACAAUGGCUGUUAAACCAAAAUUUCGACAAAUGGGUUCUUUUUACAAGUAUUACACAGGAGAAAAAAUAGCUCCCAUUCUCACUAUAUUCAUUGGAGGCAACCAUGAGGCUUCCAAUUAUCUUCAAGAAUUACCUUAUGGUGGAUGGGUUGCUCCUAAUAUCUACUAUCUUGGAUAUGCUGGUGUUGUGAAUUUUGGAGGCUUAAGAAUUGCUGGUAUUUCAGGAAUUUAUAAACCUUAUGACUAUGACAGAGGACAUUUUGAGAAACCUCCCUAUUCCGAAAAAACUAAAAGAAGUGUGUAUCAUGUCAGGAAUACAGAAGUUUUUAGGCUCAAACAGAUAAAAUCUCCUGUGGAUGUUUGUCUUUCCCAUGAUUGGCCUCGCCGUGUAUACAAUUAUGGAAAUAUUGAUAAGCUAUUGAAAGUUAAAGAUUUUCUUGAGGAAGAAAUAAAUAACGAAACUCUUGGUAGUAAACCUUGUGAAGAACUUCUUUUCCACUUAAAACCUCGAUACUGGUUUGCUGCUCAUUUACAUUGUAAAUUUUCAGCAUUAGUUCCACAUAAGGGAAACAAUGAAAAUGAAUGCACUCGAUUUCUGGCUUUGGACAAAUGCCUUCCUAAGCGAAAAUUUUUGCAGGUUUUAGAUGUCCCACAUGAUGAAAAUGAAAAAUUGGAACUGAUUUAUGAUCUUGAAUGGUUAGCUAUUUUGCAUUUUACUAAUCAUUUAACAAGUGUGAAACCUUCUAUGAAUCCUCUUCCUGCCCCAGGUUGUGAUGAGAGAUGGGAUUUCACUCCUACAGAUGAAGAAAAGUAUUUCAUACUUCGAAAAAUGGGUGGAAAUUUGCAAAUUCCUCUUAACUUCCAGUUUAAUGCCAAUGAAGCAGGUGCUGUAAGCCCAAGGAAAGGACUUUCAAUAAAUCAUCAAACUAGAGAACUUUGUGACAAACUUGGAAUUGAUGAUCCCAUGACCCUUUUUGAAGGCUCUCCAUCAUCUACACCUGGAACUGUUGAAACACCUGAUCGAAAUGACUCAUCAUUUACUGAUGAUUUAACAUUUGUGGAUUCUGCAAACGAGAAUUCAUUUAGCCAUGUAGAUUCAGAAAAGGAUGAAUCAGAAAGCCCUCAGUCUCGUGGAAAAAUAGCUCUAGUUCUACCACCACCGAAAUUCAAUGAUUCAUUUAGUGAAGAACUAGAAGAACGAAGUGAAUCCGAUAUCUCAAGAGAGCUUGAAGAAGACAAGAGUUUAGAAGAACAGGCUUUAUUUGUUAUUGAUGAAUCUCCAAAAAGAUCAGCAGAAGAAGAACUAGAAAAAGCUAUUACAGGGCCAAAAAAAUUUAAAAGGCGAAAUAAAGAUAUUUAUUGGGAUAAUGAUGAAUAGGUUUUGAAUGACUUCAGAAACUUGUUCAUAUUAUUAUUAUUAUGUUAAACUUGGUAUAGUUUUAUUAUUUUAAUUAAGUUUUUAAAUGAAUUGCAAAUAUUGAUUAGAUUUUUGUUAUAAUUUAUAUAAUACAAGAAUACUGAUUUGAUUUAAAACUAUUUUAGCUUGGUUCUAUGGACAGUGUUCAUGAAUCAUGAAAUAAAUAUUUUACCAUAUCUGUGAUUGCUUAUGCAUUAGUUAUUAUAACUUCAAUAGUCUCAAUGUAUAAACAGAUACAGGAGAUAUUUUUUUGAGAUUCAAAUUUAAUUAUUUUCUUUCUCUGGCUUAAAUUGUUCAUCAUUGUUUUUUUUUUAAUAUGUUAUUUGCGUUUUAAGAGAAAAAUGAACAAUUUUGUACCUCACCCAGUUAAAAUAGUAGUGACAGUGUAAUAUUCUUAUUUGUUAAUAUAUUUAUAUAAUUGUAUUAAUUAUAAGGUUUGAUUCUAUUGAGGGGUUAGGUAAUUAUAUUAAAAUUAAACUAAAUGAUAAAUUUAGUUGAAAUGUGAUAUUUAUCUCAAUUGUG